AUGUUCCUCAACUCGACGCUGCACGGAGCGUGUAUAGCUCCAUUCUACGAUGCUUCUCUAUUUACUUCUGGGGGCGGUNNUGUACACAUUGGUGGUCGUCUGUGUUCUCAAAUAAGUAACGACCCGGAUUCCGCAUUAUGUUGUCUGCCUUGUCCAGCAUCGUAUUGGGCCUACUCGGACAACUUUGUCACUCUAGGGACCGUCUCAGGCUGGCUCAAUGUCGUCGGUCUGGUGCUACAAUGCUUCAUGCUCAUCUCGAAUGCGUUUCUUCCUGCGGCAAGGACCAAGAGUCAUUACCUUACACAGUGUUUGAUCAUCGCUGUCAUAUGGAUUAACGUCAGUGUAUUGAAGAGGCUGGAUAUGGACUCGCUGACAAAGAACAGNCUCGCUUUUGUUAUACCUCUAGGAGCGGAGCCUGAUCAGUGUUAUGAUGGUAUAACCCCAAACGACAUGUACACUUCCAUGACAUGUGCAUGGUCUGGAGCAUUCCUGCUAGCCGGCGCUCUUGCAGGCUCCAUGUGGAUUUUUAUCCGCGCAUUAUCCAUGCACCUCACUGUCGUCUGGGACAUCAUCCCUGGUCCAAGAUUCUUCUACACCUCACAAGCAUUAGGUUGGGGUAUUCCGGCUGCCCUUUUCACAUCCGCCAUCACCACAUCGGGAGUCUCGUUUCGCUUCGGCAAUGCUUGUCACAUCAAUCAUGAUGACUCGAUGGUAACAUUCUGGGGAUGGCUUCUCGGGAUUGCAGGAGCAGCAUUAAUCGUUCAAAUCAGCACUCUUUGGGAAGACAGCGCAAGACCCUGCUCGCAGGGAUCUGCAAAGAGUCUGCCCAUGUCUGUGAUGAGUGCCAAAUCACAGCGAGCGCGUGUAAUCUAUCGUCGACUCAAGAGUGUGCUCUACCUGCAAUGGCGCGGUAUGCUAAUCGUCACCAUUGUCCUCGUCGACGUCAUCUUUUUCGCCGUCGUCUUUGUCUAUCUCGACAAGAUUGAAGAAUCAAUGCUACACGACUACACGCGGACCACCACCAACAACAACAACAACAACAACAACAACAACAACAACAACAACAACAACAACAACAACAACAACAACAACAACAACAACAACAACAACAACAACAACAACAANCAACAACAACGAAGAAACACGCCACCGAUGCUGGCGAGAAAUUUCUCGAGUCCGAGGGUGCGCACGCAUGAUGGGAGGAUGGGUGGCGGCUGGGAUCCGGCGAGCAGUUUUGCGGGCAGUGAUCCUUCGAUUGUGUUUGCGAGUAGUGGGGCUAGACAUAUGACUACGCCUUCACUGCCGCCGCCGACCAAGUAUGAGGAUAGACCUUUGUCACCGCCUGGGCAGGCUUUGUAA